CAGGACUCGGAUUUGGUUCAGUGCGUUCUCAAGUCUAGACUUUGCAGGUGCUGGAAAUAUUCAGUUGGAAAGCAAGAAAAAUAUCUGGAAUUAUUUCCUUGACAGGAAUCGUACAGAGAUUUCUGCGGAGUUUUCAAGAAUUAAUUUCCAGGAUUUACGAUGUCUGGCGCAAAGGUCGAAUUCCUCUUCAGGUGCGUGAACCACAAGGCGUUUGGGCCCAAAUCGGUCAGCUCCUACUUCACCAGGAUUGACUGCCCCCUCGAACAAGAUCCAAUCUGCCCUGCAACUUUAUCUCGGCUGGUGGACGCUCUCCUCCUCUGGUGUCGCGACUACUUUCCCGAUGUCCAACAAAAUCCACAUUAUUACAAGGAGACAGCCCUCGCCUCAAUAUACUACAUCUGUUAUGGUAACCCUUGUGUAGCGUGACCUCUCCGGAGAUGGACAUCGCCAUCAAGUUUGCCAUGUGGCUCUGGCUCUUUGACGAUGCGAUGGAAGACCUUACCCGCAAAAACAUCGACCCCUCAGUCUUUAAGGAGGAAACGGAUCGUAUCGGGAAAAUCACGCAGGGGUGUUUCGACCCUCAACGAGCCGCUCCUCCCCCACAAUGUCCCGCCCAGACCACCCCACCCCCACCGAGUAAGGACGAUGUGCAAACCUUAUUCUGGAAUUUUGGCAACUCUCUCUACGCCUGGCAUCAACUGGCUGGUCGAGCCAUUAUGGAAUACUCGCGUAAAAUGAGACGUUUUAACGUCUGCAUGGCCACCUAUAUGCAAGCCCUGCAGUGGAUGAAUAUUUGCCAUAUUGACGGCAGAUAUUCGGAAACGACUUUUAAAGCUUUUAGAAAGCCAAACUCUUAUUUUUGCGGGAUUGCGGAACUGUUAGCGGUACUAAAUAAUGUCGACCUUGGCGGCAACG